CGUGGUUCGAAAUGAAGGACCAGUCGCUGAUACGACUGGGCAAGUCAUCGUCGUCGCAAUCCUGCAAAGCCAGUGUUACCCUUGUUCCUUAAAGUUCCCCUCUCUUUUCCAUCAUCUUUCCUACUAGGAAGGCCUCAUCAUGAUGCUGGACAACACGGACAAGGACACCCACGAUAAAGAGGGUCAGGAUAAGAAAAAGCGCGUCAACCUAACGUCUGACAAGCGCACGGCUCAUUUUGGUCUACGCGGACGCGCAACGACUGGUUUUCCAGUGAAGACUCGGAGUAAAGCGCUAUCGGCUCUGUUGCGGUUUUCUCAUUCUCUCAACGAAUCCACCGAAUUGGUUGCCAAGCUCUUUUGGCCUGAAGAAGCACAGCAGAGCGAGCCUGAGAUCCUCGAAGAGGUCUACAAGAUUGCGACUCAAGAUCUGGCUGUGUUGGGCCAUGUUCCAGACAUGGUCUGGUUCCACAAGUUUGAAGAAUCAUCCACCGCGACAAUCAGAAAGGCACUAGGAAUCAACGACGCGGGUAGCCGGGUCCUAUACAUCAUCGUGUUCAGAAAGCUUGACCCAAUCACGACGCUGAUCGGGGAGGAGUUCCUCCUCGCAUGGUGGGAAGUCGUCAAAGGCCAUCGUGCUCUCUGGAAGAAUGGCGUGCAUCACCGCGACAUCAACCCUAGUAAUAUAAUGGGAUACCGCUUACGUAGUCGAUUCAUGAGUGUCCUCAAUGAUUUCGACUUGUCGAUUACAGACGCGUCGAAAGGCUUCGAACGCACGGAAACGGCACCAUUCAUGUCAUUAGAACUUCUUACACCUGAAGCCAUCGCAGGCGAAGUCGAGCACGUGUACAGGCAUGAUGCUGAAUCGUUCAUCUGGGUUCUCAUCUGGGUCUGCCUUCGGUAUGAGAAGGGAAAGCUCCUCGGCAAGGGCAGACCACUGGAUAAAUGGCUGAUGUUGGAUGCCAGGAGAUGCCAGGAGAAAAAAUGCAGCUACAUGUUCAUGGUGGACAAAAUACCUCCAACGCAAUCGCACCGAAAGAACUUCAUCAUUGCAAAGAAAUGCUUAGGGAUGGUUUACGAAUGUGGAGGCCCGUUACCGUCCAUUCCAACAGACGAUGAAGUAGUAUUCAACACAUGGUUCCUGAACCACGUGCCACAGAAUUAGUGCAAACUCGAGAAUCUGGUAUUCUCAACAACAUCGUCAAUCACACCAUACAGCCUUCGAGACUAGGCUGGUCGAUCUCGGGUCACCCCGCAAGGUCUGUGCACAAGAAUAUAUUCGAAACGGGCGUAACAGCACUUGGAUCAUGCAUGC